CAGCACCGCCACAGCGAGCAUCCGCUCAGGCAUGUGCGACAAGGAGGAUCAAGGCCGAAGUGCCCAGCACGUUCCUCCUGGAACCCGGAACCAGCAACCUCAAACUUGACAACGAUAGCCAUUUUCGACGAGCAUUUUUGUUUGCUUCCCAGCUUCGCGCAUCACGCGAGCGGUCUCGAUACCCCGAAUCCACGGUACACAGCAACAAGAGCGGACGCAGCAACAAUCCUCCAAAAUGUCUUGGGCGGGCUUCAAGAAGAACGUCAACCGCGCUACGACGCAGGUUAUGAUGAAAACUGGCCACGUCGAGAAGACAAACGACCGAGAUUAUGAAGUCGAGGAGAGGCGAUUUAGGACAAUGGAGGCGGCGUCAUUGCGGUUACAAAAAGAGGCCAAGGGGUACCUGGACUCGCUACGAGCAAUGACGGCCUCUCAAAUGCGCAUUGCCGAGACGAUCGAUGCCUUCUACGGAGACUCGGGUGCGAAGGACGGCGUGAGCAGGAGCUACAAGCAGGCCGUGGAGGACCUGGACGCCGAGACGAUCAAGGCGCUGGACGGGCCAUACCGCACAACCGUCCUCGAGCCCAUCUCGCGGUUCUGCGCCUACUUCCCCGACGUAAACGAAUGCAUCAAGAAGCGCGGGCACAAGCUGCUCGACUACGACGCGCUGCGCGCCAAGGUCAAGAAGCUGGUCGAGAAGCCGGACAAGGACGUGACGAAGCUGCCGCGGGCGGAGAAGGAGAUGGAGAUGGCCAAGGCGGCGUACGAGCAGCUCAACGAGCAGCUGUGCACGGAGCUGCCGCAGCUGAUCGACCUGCGGGUGCCCUACCUGGACCCGUCCUUCGAGGCGCUCGUCAAGAUCCAGCUGCGCUUCUGCGCCGAGGCCUACAGCCGCAUGGCCCAGGUGCAGCAGUACCUCGACGCCGACACCCGCGAGCAGUACGCCCAGGGCCACCUCGACAGCCGCGUCGAGCAGGUCCUGCAGGAGAUCCGCGAGCUGAGCAUCAGCGGGACGGUCUGAUACUCUGGUUCCUUUUAUUUCCUUUUUUUUUUUUUUUUUUAUCUUCUCCGUGAGGGGGAACGCAACCGUCGCAGACGACGGGGGUGGGUCGGUCAUCUUUGCCGGUCGCAGAACAGGGAGAGCGGAUC